AUGGCUGGCGUUGAGAUAGACCAAGCGCACCACCAAGCUUCAAAAGGCAGGCAACUGCUAAGCAAGGACGAUUUGUACUUCAACGACAUGGACAUAAGAGCAUGGGAAAGACGGACAGCGGCGCUGGGGGGCGCGCCCAACAGGAACGUCCACGGCUAUCCAGAGGACGAGGGCUACUACGACGAUUCUGGAGAACUCAUGUCUGCAGCUGAAUACGAAGAAGUUCUCUUUCAACGUGUCCUCGACAAGAUCCGCUUAGCAAGAGCAGCAGACAUGCCCGAUGUGCAGCUUACUCCCGAGGAGCUUGAUGCCUACCAAUCCAAACUUCACGGCACCAGAGCAUCCGCAGCGCGCUCGCCACGAAGCCCACGGCCUCCGCCGCUGAACGACACGAUGAGUGUUGCAAACACCAGCGCGGCCGGCAAGAAGGGCGCCAGCAGUUCACGGAGCAAGAAGGAACCGCAACGCUCAUCACUGUUCGCGUCGAAACCUAAAAAGGACAAGGUUAGCAGCCACAAACGCACAGCUUCAAACGCUGCGCCUGCGCCUCCACCAGGAUUUAUGAUACCUGGCCCGGAUGGACAGCCGAUAUACACGCCGAUCAAUGCAUACCAAGGCAGCCUGGCCCGCGAUCCAGUAACACCACCUCAGCCCGCACCUCCACCUACCUCGUACAGCGAGCAGCCUCCAAUGCCAGUGCGCACUGCUAUAAGAGAAAUGCCAGGAGCUUUUCCAGGCGCGCCCCCCACUUCUCCACACCUGUACCGCUCUUCAACCCCUUCACGAGACGUUCAUCCUUCGCUGCGAGACUUGGAUCCUGGCUUCCAAGGUCUGGGCAUCAGGGAUCAAUCCUCUUCAAAGCAGACCUCGAAACGCAAAACUACGCCUGUCGAGCCCUACCAGUACCACAACUUCAGCUCGUCUUCCUCCACGCAGUCCUCGCCUAAGCAAAAGUACACAAGAAGAGUCUCCUCGGCUGAGAGCAGCUACACCGCAAUGCCGCGCCGCGUACCCGUGCCAGCGUCACGUCCAGCGCCAGCUCAAGCCAGCUACCCCGAGUCCACCCUCGGUCCUCGCGCGUCUAGUUCGCGGGUCGAGAGGCCGCCAGCUGUGCUCGACGAAGACCUCGCCGUGGCCGAUGUCGACGUGCAGACCGAUAGCGGCAAGUCGGUCAAGAGCAGCUCGAAACAUGCGUCUGCCAGCGGUGGCGGCAAAGACGGCGAGAGGAGGCGGAAGAGCGGGAAGAGCAGGAAGAAGCACUGA